GAAAAAGCCAAAAACAAAAUAGAACUGCCCUUGUUCUUCUUCCUCUUUUGUCCACAUCCUUUAGCAGUUGCUGUCUCACCACAUGAAUACACAGUUUCUCACUCUCUCAAAGAUGAACAGCCACAAUGAGACGGUCUGCCCUCCGGUCAAACAGGACCUCAGCCUAACCGUGGUCCUCUGCCUGGUCUACAUGUUAGGACUCAUUCUCAACGGCUUCAGCCUCUGGGUUUUCAUCUUCCGGAUGUCCAAAUGGCACGCUGGGACAUUGUUGCAGUUCAAUUUGGCGAUAAGUGAUCUUCUGGCCUCUCCUGCUACCCCGCUGAUGGUGGCCUACUUUGUCAAAGGAAACUGGGAUUUUGGCUCCUUUCUGUGCCAGUUUAAGAUCGCCUUAAUCAGCGCUCACUUCUACGGCAGCAUUAUGUUCCUCACCCUUAUCAGCAUUCAUCGCUAUGUGGUUGUGGUCCACUUCAAACGAUCGUCACCGCUGAAGCGGAAAACCUUUGUGAAGAAGCUGUGUUUCGGACUGUGGUGUUUUUUGUUGAUCGGCGCCAUAGUGUACGCCGUCCAGCUACCUGUUACCGAAGAAGAUGGGCACAAACAAUGCCUUUCCAUACAUCAAUCCAAACAUAUCAGUAAGUACUUCAUUAUCAACUUUGUGCUCUUCGUUCUCGGCUUUCUCAUGCCGUUCAUCACGGCUGUGGUUUGCUACAGCUGUCUGGCUCGUUCGGUGACCAAGGUAAACGUCAACUCACUGCAUGGUCAGUCAGUCAAAGCAAAGUCUCUAAAGAUGAUAGGCAUAUGUCUGCUCAUCUUCGGAAUCUGCUUCUUCCCGCUCAACGUUACCCGGACUGUCGCGGUUGUCCUUAAAAUGUACUACCCUAACAACUGUCAGCUUCUGAUAAAAACGGAAACGGCAUACUACUCCUCCUAUGUCCUGGCAGGAAUCAACUGUUGCUUGGACCCGCUAAUCUAUUUCUUCGGCUCACACAAUUUUAAUAAAGCUUUCAGAGGAUCUGUGAGAAUCGUGAGACAAACCCAGGAGAGGGACAACAGAACUGAAUCGGAGACGAGUUGCAGCGCAAAUAGAAAUGCUGUCUAUUCAAUAUCUUCAGGGGUGGUGUUAUAGCGUUUCAGAGUUACAAAACAUCUCUGUCUUGUUCCUGUUAGGAUUUUAAGGUAUGUUUGGUUUCAUGGGUGUCUUACACAGAAUGCUAUGGGAUCUUUUUCUGUAAUUUUCUUCAGUCAUAUGUUCUUUGAAAUAUUUUCUGCAACGACCACUUCUGCAGCUUUGGUACACACCAUGAGAUAAUAUUUUUUUAGGGGUUUAAUUGGUUCUUCAGUGGUUCAUUUUGCCAUGGUGGUUUUCUUAAUGUAUUUCACCAGAAUGCUGUUAAGCUUUUAAGAACUUGCAUCAUGAUGUAAGUAAUAGAUAGAUAGAUAGAUAGAUAGAUAGAUAGUAUUUGUAUUUAUUUAUUAUUUUUUACAGUUUAUAAAACAGUGUAUAUAUUUCUUUCUUUUUCUUUUAUAUUUUAUUUUCAUAUUUUUAUAUUUCUUUCUUUUUCUCUUAUAUUUUUAUUUUCAUUAGAGCUGUAACAUGGCAAAGUAUCUUUGAAUCUUGAAUCUUGAAUCUUGAAUCUUGAAUCUUGAAUCGAUAGAUAGAUAGAUAGAUAGAUAGAUAGAUAGAUAGAUAGAUAGAUAGAUAGAUAGAUAGAUAGAUAGAUAGAUAGAUAGAUAGAUACUUUAUUCAUCCCAGUGGGAAAUAAUAUGAUGUUACAUGUAAUAAUACUUGUAAUGCAUUGUGACAUGAUGUUUAAAAUGUCAGUCAAAUUUCUGGAACACCCUUUAUUACCAUUUCAGAAAUAUAAAUGUAAUAUUUAUAUAAGAAAUGUUUACCUGGAGAGCGUAUUUCACCAAACAAGUGCACUGGCCUCGAAUAAAAAAACUUAAAAUAUUUUUUUUUAAAAAACUUAAAAAAUAAAAACUUAAAAAAAUGACAAAAAAUAAAAUAGAGUCUCAUUAGACAUGGAGCUUGUCCUUAAAUACAAAUAAUAAAAGAUCUGGUUUAACUGCUUUAACCUGGUUAUGGUUGAGGUGAAGGUGGUGAUGAUCCCAGGAACGUGAGACUUAAGGUGAGACCCUAGGUAGGAUGACUGUUAUUGCCUAGGAGCCUUGGAAGAUGAAUAGUGAUGUCAAUUUU